GCAGAUCGCUGCUUCGGCGAGUUCCACUGCCUCAAGGAGUGGCUGGUGGAGCGACUCCUCGAGGAUGGCCAGGCUCGUCGCUGCAGCUCAGGCGACGACGGUAUUGAGAGCUGUUGGCCACAUCUCGGGGAAGGGGACCUCUGCGCCGAGGAGGACUCCGCCGAGGACCGGGCCCUGCGCACCGCGAAGCUUUGUGGCCGCCUCACGCCGAGCCUCAGCCCGGACGUUGAGGCAGCUGUCAAGCAGGAGGUGCUGCAGCUGCUUCAGCGUGCUCUGCCACGGGAGGACACAGGCUGGGAGGCCGCCAGCGACGUCUCACAGCGCUUCGGCCAACUGCAGGCGCCGGGUCUGGGCUGA